AUGCAGGAUCGUUGCAGGAUGCUGCAGGUGAUGUCGAUAGAUGCUUGCGGCAAAGCCAGCCUUUGGCAGCUGGCAGUCGACAUGAUCAGCGACAUGUUUCUGCGAAGCUUGCCUGCUGACGACUUCUGCUUCCAUGCCGCCAUCAGUGCUUGCGAGCAGGGCGGCUUUUGGCAACAGGCUCUUGGCCUCGUAGCAGACAUGCAGCUGAGGAAGCUGAACGCCGAUGGAAUUUGUUGGGGUUCCGUUCUGCAUGCAAUGAAUUUGGCCGGCAGAGAGGACUUGGCCCAGAAAACGCUCGAGAGCUUGAGGCAGAGGUGGGCGCAGCCGUCUGCGCGACAAGUGGCAGGGCCAAUUGGGACGUCGAUGAAGAAGUUGGCUCCAGAUGUUGUGAUCGGGGAUGGGGUGCUGGCGGUGUUCAAGCCUGCAGGUUGCACAAGCGAAAGCAUGCUUGAGCGGCUGUUGGCGAAGUGGCGUGCCAGUGGGUGGCAAGGUGAGCUCACGCUGGUUUCCAGACUGGACCUUCCAACAUCUGGGGUGCUUCCGCUGGCCUUGGGUGGCCAAGCCGACGGGCCCACCCAAUACCUCGAUGCCCAGUACGCUGCCCGGCAGGUGAGCAAGGAGUACCUGUGCCUCGCUGCCGGUCAGUCCCUGGGCCCACGGGGAGCGCGAGCUUCGAUCGACACGCCUCUUUUGGUGUCCCGGAGUUGGGGAGAGCGCCUUGGCAAACGAGUUGAGGCAUCUGCUGCUGGGAAGCAGGCGCAGACGAAGAUCAGGAUUCUGGAGCUCUUCGACAUUCCGCCGGAACUCGGCGGAGUUGAGGCCCUGGCGCUUCUUGCAGUUCGGCCAAUGACCGGUCGCCUACAUCAAAUACGAGUUCAUCUUGCAAGCGUGGGCAGCCCCAUAGUCGGUGACAACGCCUACGGUGGACGUUCCCUGGCGGGCAGUCGCCUGUUCCUCCACUGCCGAUCCGUCUCCUUGAAAGAUCUGAGUGGGUCGCCUUUCAAGCCCAAGUAUCCGUUGCCGGAGGAUCUGCAGCGGGUUCUGGCAGACCUGCGGCCGCGGUCGAAAGAUUUGGAAGAAAGAAGCGCCUGUCCUUGCGUGUCACAGCACUCUGUGCGACAGCCUAACACUCCAGGCUCCAGACCGAACUCUGCAGGAGAUGCAACGCCGUCGCGAUCUGGGACCAUGAAGCGCAACAACAGCAUGACGCGUCUUCCUGACGAGGCCCCGAUCGUGGCUGAGAAGGGUUAUUGCCCUGACUCGCCGCCUGCUGCACGUCCUGGCUCGGCAUCCUCUGCCUCUGCACGGAAGCAGGGCGGACUUCUCACAUUGCCGAUCGACACAGCCAGCACGCAGCAGUCUUCGGGAUACAGUCCGGGUAACACGCCUACACGAUCCAGCAGCAAGAAGAGUGGCACGACCACCCCGAGCAGUGGAAGCAUGAUGCGGCUGCCUGACGAACCUGCGUCGACGGUCCCGAGCCUUCAGGCACCAGAGGCUAGCACUCAAAGCGGAAGCGGGGGCAGCGGUGGGGGCGGCGGCGGCAGCGGGAUGCAGCGCAUCCGAGAUCGACUUAGCAAAAACCUCUCUGUUGCCACGCCGGUGAAGCCACCGGAGCAGCAGAAGAGCAAGAUGGAGAAGAUCUUCCGCACCCUGAAGCCUGGCGAGUCCAUAAACAAUUCGUACAUCUUCGAAGAGGAGAUCUACAGUGGAGGCUGCAAAGGCCGGGUGCUUGUUGCAAAACGGAAGACUGAUGGACAAGAGGUGGUGGUCAAGAUCCGCGCCAAGCAAAACAACAGGGCAAAUGAGCGCAAUUGGCGCACCAUUAUGGCCCAGAUGCAUGGCAUCUCCACAAGUGACAACGUGCUUGGCUUCUCUGAGAUCGUAGAAGGUGAGAACGAGUUCUAU